GAGGAAACUACCAGGGACCCACCCAGCUACUGGAGUUAGAGGUGACAUCACAAUGCCAUUGUUCCCUAAGGGCAAGAUCUUUGGGAUGCAUUUGUCUUAGAUAUUUUGUCACCCUGGAACCAGCUGGCAAAUGUAAUGAGCAGCCCGUCUUAAGGGUGAUUGGAAAAGCACCAAAGCUUACUAUGUAAAAAUCCUUCAGCGAGUCAGCACACCAUGGACGAGUACCACUGCCACUGCUGCGAAGUUGGCUUCAAUGCUAAUGAGGCCCACAGUAUCGUCAAAAAGUGUGUGGACGGGGUGUUAGGAGGUGAGGAUUACAAUCAGAACAACACCAGACAGUGGACUGCAAGAAUAGUGGAGCAAUCGCUCACUCAUUUGGCUAAGCUGGGGAAAGCUUACAAAUACAUUGUGACCUGUGUGGUGGUCCAGCGCAGUCCCUAUGGCUUUCACACGGCCAGCUCUUGUUUUUGGGACAGCACAUCUGAUAGAACCUGCACUGUAAGAUGGACGAACCGAACCAUGCACUGCAUUGUCAAUGUUUUUGCCAUUGCAAUUGUCCCGUGACUCCUAAAAAUA